ACUUAAUUUUAAAUUCAUUGUGAAUGGUAUUUUAUUAAAAAACAAAAAAAACUUUUUUCUUUUUAUUCUCAAGUCAUAUUUGAAUAAAAAUAUUUAAUGUAUAAAAUAUACAAGAUGAAAAAAAUGAAAGAAAUAUUUCAAUUUGAAUGGAUUUUAUUGCAGCAGACUUCGACGUGACAUUUAUUUAGUUUUGUUUUUAUUUUAUUUCAUUUGAAAAUUAAUAUUUGGAUCAACUUUAUGCAUAAAAGACACGUAAAAAAAUUUCUCUCAUAAAUCUUUCAGCUUUAAAUCUACACUACCCUCAAAAAGUUUCUGGGCAAGCAAAAAUGGGGUAUUUUUGAAGGCAAAUUUCAAGUUGCUAUAAUUCCGGCUGUGGUCAACCGUUUUUCAAAACUUUAUUUUUUUUUGAAAAGGUUUUCUAACCUUUCCAAAACUGGUAAAUUUUUGAAAAUCGGUCAACCCGUUAUGUCUUGGCAGCCAUUUUGGUAAACCUAAAAAAGCAUUUUUUUUACGAUUACACAAAUUUUAAAUGGUUAGGGACUAUAGACUAUAGUUAGGGGACAUGAUAAGCUAUUAAUUGAAGCCUGAAGGAAUUAAAUUAUCUUUCCAAAGAUACUCUAUUCAUCAAAAUCGGUGCACUAGCAACCGAGAUGCGAGAGGUCAAAGUCAAGAAAUUGUGAAAAAAAUGUACUGGUAAGCUGACCAAGCUUACGAGAGCUGUGUUUCUCUCAGUGUACCAAUUUUGUGAGAGCAAACUAUAAAGCAAAUUAAUUUCAAUACGCGCAAAGUCGGGAAAAGUUGAAAAGUCAUCCCCCAAGAAAUCUUUAAAACGCCAUAUCUCGGGAACGGCCUCAUAGAUUUUCGAUUGUGAGCUAUCGUUGGAAAGGUCUUAACCUCAAUUAUAACAUAUUAAAAAAUGAAGUAAAUCGAUAAUGGCAUUUUCGAAAAAUUCGAGUUCGUUUUCGAAAAUUUUGAUUUUGACUUUAGCGCCUCUCGCGUUCAUUUCUCGAAGUUGCAAUGUUUUAGACAUUUGUAGGGUUUCACGAAACCUUUCAUUUGCGCUUGAGUUGAACAAAAUCGGACUUGUAGAACCCGAGAUAUGACAUGUUAAAAACAUGGCGACAUAAUUUUUUUUAUAAAUAGAUGUUGUAGUAAGCUAUAAUAUAUCAAAAAAUGAAGCAAAUCGAUAAUGGCGUUUUCGAGAUAUUCAUUGAAAACUCAUCGAAAAUUUUGUUUUUGAUUUUUGGUCCCCUAGCGGUCACUUUUGAAACUUCGGAUGUUCGAGAGAGUUGUAGGGUUUGUUGAGAUCUUUCAUUUGAGCCCGGGUUGAUCAAAAUCGGUCAAGCCGUUUUCGAGUUAUAGUCGAUUUUCGAUGAAAAAUUGUGUCGGCCAUAUUGACUAAACGGCUCGACCGAUUUUCGAAAAUGAGGUAUCGUUGGAAAGGUAUUGAUGUCCCCUACAACAUAUAAAAAUUUCAGUUUUUUUAGAUAUUACAGGGGCUGAGUUAUAGCGAAAACAAAAUUUUGAGGUUAUUCAAAAUGGAGGACGCGGUGGGGGAUAAAAUUUGACGUCAUAAUCUGACGUCUUCCAGUCGACUUUUAAACUUUGGCGUUUACCGCAAAAAAAAAUUUUGGCGCAUACGUUUUUUGGAAUGUGGGGACCCUAAUUCGUGCUCAUCCCAAGUUUGAGCCCGAUCUGACGACUUUCGAUUUUGCUCGGUACACAAAAGCUGUGUCUGAAAGAAACACAGCUAAAAUAAAUUUUUGAAAAUCGGUUUACCACAGCCCGAGAUAUAGCCAUUUGAAAUAUCCCAUUUUAGCCUUGCCCGGAAACUUUUUGAGGGUAGUGUAUAUGGAGGAUCACACAUUGGCGCGAUUGAGAGGGUCCAGUGGCUUCGAUAACGAGUGCAACUACCGCGCGCGCACAAAGCUGGUUUGUUACGAAAUCACAACACCAUCUAUUCACCUCAUCAUUCAACUCAUGCACACAGAAUCAUUUCCAAACACUCACUCCACGGAUGUUUACCAGCGCGCGUACCACCGCAACCAAUCCAAUUAAUUAGCGGCAAAUUGAAACAAAUGGUCUGACUGAGAGGAUUACUCGUAACCCGUCGUUUUGUGCACGUAAAAACAUCUCGUAUCUUGCGCAAAGAUCUUCAACUCCUUCAUUACCAGAAGCAAUUGCCGUGCAGUUGUGGACGCGCAUUGUGGUGCUGCUGAUGAAGAAGGGAUUGGUGGAUUUUCAUAUGGACUUUACUACAGAGCGCCUGCGAGAGAGUAAGUUCUCGAAAAAGGGAUGAUGAAAUCAAACAACGUUGACUGGUCCGGAGAGAGGGCAGCCGGUGGGAAUUUUCCAUUUGAAUCUACAAAGAAAAAAAAAGGAGAUCUUUUGAGAUCACAUCGCUUCUGGGCUUCGUGUGAUCUUAAUCCAUCCACAUUGACAUGAGCCGGAGGGCAUAGGUACGCGUCCUAUAAAGCAUUCACCUCCCUCAUGGGAGAUCUCUAUGAGUUUGCAAUGCAUGAAAUACUCACAAAUGGAUAAACCGCAUCAAUUUAUCAUGUAAGAGUCUCGAAAGAAAAAAAUUCAGUGGGAGCUAUAGGUUUCUUCGGCCUAAAACUUGUUUAAAGGAGAUUUAGAAGGAAUUGGAGGAGUUUCGUCGUUUCUGCAGCGAUUUAGUCUACGAGUUUGCUUCAAUGGAUUUUGGGAAUUUUUAGUGAACUUCAAGAUUCAUCUUGUUCUUCAGGAUCUUCAAUUCGUUUGAAAUCUUCAAGAUCGCUAAGAAUCAACAAGAAAUUCAGGUAAGUACCAUCCUUGGGUGUAAAAAUAUUAAUUUUUUGAAUGCAGAAGUUCUACAUUAAUAUUUUUAAAGAGUAUUUAUAUUUAAAAAUCUUUCUAAAAAGUUUGCAUUUUAUUGAAAUAUUAUAUCUACAAUCACAAAACUUUUCCAGAUUAAUUGUUUAAAGUCAUUUAUUUUAUUCUUUCAAGACUACAUAAAUAAGUAUAAAAAAUAAAUAAAUAAAUAAGCUAAUAGAUAAAAUCAAUGACAAACAGGACAUAAAUUAUGUGAUUGACUAAUGAUUAUUCAUGAAUUGUGUAAUUGACCGAUGAUUGACGGAUGAUUGUCCGUAAAUUGCGUGAUUGACCGAGGAUUGGGCAUUAUUUGAUAAAAGUUGAUCAACAGUUGAUCAAUCCAUGAUCAAUAUUGAUUGAGUUAAAAUUGACUCAAUAUUGAUUGAUCAAUAAUUGAGCAUAAAUUGACCAACUAACUGGAUAAAUAAAAUGAAGAAUAGUUGAUCAACAGUUGUCAAAUCCAUGAUCUAUAAUUGAGAUAAAGUUAACUCAAUAUUGAUAGUAUCAAUAUUGAAUAAAUGUUGGUUCGCAUAGAUGAUUAAUUAUUGAGCAAUUAGAAUCGACUUGAGAUUGACCAAUAAUUGAUCAAUCGAUUGACAAACUCAAUUGAUUUAUAAAUUAUUGAUAAAACGAUGAUCAAUCUGAUUGAUUCAGUCAUGAUUGAACUUUUAUUUACUCAAGCGAUUAAAAUUCUUAAAAUUAGUAAAAAUAUUAGAAAAAAAAACUAUCGCUAGAAAAGGAAACUUACAGAUGGUGGCUAAACAUUAAGCUAAGAAUUUCAAUGAAUUUGAUAAGACAUUUCACUAAAUUUCUGUUCUUGUGAAAAACAAUUUUUUUGAAAAAGCUCACUAAAGCUUCUAAACUUUUUUUCCCAUCUAGAAGUUUCCUUUUCUAGUUAAACGACGACUGACGCAUCAUCUUUACUUCUUUUAUAGAUCAUUAACAAUUCAAUUAGGAAAUUGAAACAAACUCUAAAUGAUCUAAGUAUCUCUUAAUUAAAACUAUUUAAUCUACAAAAAAUAUAGAAAAAAAAAACGUAAAAGCUUCUUUACAAUUCGUCUUUAGCCUCAAAGCUCCCUGAAGCUCCUUUUUGCUAGAAACAUUCUCUUCGCCUCUCUGAAAUCUUUCAUUUGGAGAUAAAUUAAAUUUCAGAAGCUACCAAAGCCCCCAUAUUAUUAGUCUAGUAUGAAUGCUCUAUUGUUGGGAAGACGAGUGAGGAGAUUUUGAAAAAGCGAAUGCGAUUUGGUGUGUUUGUAUGGCAAAAAGAUUGCGCGCGCGAGCGAUGUCAAUGAACCAGAAUCUGCGGGGAGUUUCACUCCAAGAGUUGUAUGAUGGAGAGGAGAAAUUGAUGGCGUCGCGGUGUUAUAAAAGAGCUCGCAGUGAGAGUGGAGCUCUUUAGUUUUGUGCAUUCCCCAGUGGUAAAAGUGUUUUGUUUAAUGUGAGUGUUGCCCUGUGCACCAUGAGGUCACUCCUUGGAUGGCUUAUCCUCCACUUUGCUGCCUUUUGCUUGGGCAGUGAGACACAGCAGAUCUAUUCGUGGAAAUCCGUGGAUGUUGUGGAUGCUGAAAAGGCGGGAACAGUUGGGGGAUAUCCGGUGUAUGCUGCAAGUGGGAAUCACAUUACGGGCAUUGGGUAUCAUGCAAAGAGUGGCACGAUGAUUGUAACAAUUCCACGGAGGCAACCUGGGAUCCCUGCAACUGUGGGGGCAUUCUGUGCGAAGGAUUGGAAGAAGGGGAGUAGCCCGAAGAUUUUUCCCAUUCCCAAUGCACGGGUGAAUGCACUCAAGGAGGGAUUUUUCAGUGAAGCCAAAGAGAUGACUUCCAUUGAGACGGUGUCCAGGGCACGUAGAGCUGCAGCAACAGAUGCAGACACCACAAAACCCAUCAUCUCCGUGAGCACACCAAUUGUAGAUGAUAAGUGCAAUAGAUUGUGGUUCCUGGAUACGGGGGUAAUUUGGUAUCCUGAUCAGAUAAUUGUCGUGCAACGUCCAUCACUGUGGGUUGUGAAACUCCCUGAGAAAUCUUGCUCCAAGGAUGCCUUCAAGGUGCUCAAGAGGAUUGAAUUUAGUGAUGAUCAAAUUGGGGAUAUUUCGGGACUAUCGGACAUUGCAUUGGAUUUUGCAAAGAAUGGCACAUGCGAUGAUGUUUACGCAUACAUCCCAGAUUCAGUGGGGCAUCAGAUUGUCGUGCAUGACUACCGGGCGGGGAAGACGUGGGCCUUCCGUGGACACUACUCCUUUGAUCCUGUUGUGCGCGAAAGUGCAAUUGUGGCGGGAGAUCGACAAUACGUCAUUGAGGAGGGUGUAACAUCACUCACACUCGGCUGGAGGGAUACAUCAGGCUAUCGUGCUGCCUACUACAUCCCACUCUCGGGCACAGGGCAGUUUGCAGUGUCAACGCAGGUGCUGAAGGAAGAAUCCCGGGCACCAGCAAACUUCCAUCCGGAAGAUUUCAAACUCAUUGGUUACCGUGGGCAGCAACUUCAGGCCUAUCGUCAUGUUUUUGAUCCCAAAAAUGGAAUUAUUUUCUACGCUGAUGCCCAAGAGCAGAGUAUCCGAUGCUGGAAUGUACGCCGACCUCUCACACCUGAUCACAUUGGAGUAACAAAUUUCAAUGCAACAGAUGUGGAGGGAUUGGAUCUUAUGAUUGACUCAAGGGGAGAUCUUUGGAUUCUUGCUAAUAAACCCCUCAAAUUCCGCGUUUCCGAAAUGGACACCAAAGAAGUCAAUGCCAGACUUUUCCGCCUCUCAGUGAGUGAUGCCAUCCGGGGGACUCUGUGUGAAGAUUCCAGUGCUAUAGUUGAGGAAUUUGAUGAAGCUGAGAGGAAUGUUUACAAGAAUAGUGAAGAUUUUAUCCACUGAUUUUUUUGAGUUUUGAGCGGAAGCAUCCAAAGGAAGCUUCAGUGAUUGACGAUUUCCCACUGUUUUACUACCUUACAAAAAAAAAACAAUAAAAGAAAUCCAUGUCCUUUUAAAA